AUGUCUGCGGCCAAGGAGGAGGCGUUAUCCCCAGACGAGCUCAGGAAGAAGCUCUACCAAACUUUCAAAAGUAGAGGAGUACUUAACACUCUCAAAACACAGCUGCGAAAUCAGCUGAUCCAAGAAUUAAAACACCCAGUCUUGCACGGUGGCGAUGCGGUUCCGAGGCCAGUCGCUGUCAAACCGGACUCUCUAGUGGUCUCGGCCUCCAACAGUAUCGUGGCUGAUUAUCUACAGUCGUCUGGAUACGAGUACACCCUGUCUGUGUUCUACCCUGAAAGCGGGCAAAGUAAAGAUAAGAUUUUCACAACAGAAGACGUUCUUCAGCUUCUUAAAAUCAGCCCCGAAUCAGCACUCUACAGAUCUGUGGUAAUGCAUAUGCUUUCCCAUCAACCAGGUUUCCUGAUAAGCCUUCUGACACAACUAGCAGACCAUCACACACAAAGUCUGCGCUGUGACGCUGACACUCAAACCACCACCAUUUCAAGUUUUAGAGAAUCUCUUGUUGACAAGAUGAAAAUGAUUGACCAGGAAUAUGAGAGCCUCCACUACAGGGGUGACAAAUGGGUCUCGUAUGAAUCGAAACUCGCUGCCUGUAGAAGAGAAAUUGAAGCACAGGCGCAAGCAGAAAUGAACACAAAGAUGCAACAUUUCAAAGAUGUGGAAAUAGCCAAGGUGAAGAUGGAAGAAAAAGCCAAAUUCCAUAAAGAGUUUGAGAAGCUGAGACAAGACAUGGAGAGAACUUACGAGUUGAAGACAAAAGAAUUGAUCAACAGGGAGAAAAAUGCCAUUGAUCGGUUACAAAAACAACAAGAGAUAGAAGAAAAGAAUGUCUAUAUGCAGAGACAAGCAGUUUUGAAGGAAAUUGAAGCAGUGCGGAAUAGGGAAAAUGAGCUGAAGCUGAGGAUGGAGGCGUUUGAGAGGACUUGUGAAAUCCACGAGAAGAAGGUGAAGAGCAUAGAAGAGCUGCUGAGGAGGAGAGAACUGGCUGUGAAGACUAUCGAGGACACCUAUGACCAGAAGCUAAAGAAUGAACUCUCCAGAUAUGAGCUUGAACUGAAGGAGGAAUUCAUCAAGAGGACGGAAAAGCUGACGGAAAACGAGACCAGAAACAAAGUUGAAUCUGCUCGCAUACAAAAGGAGAUGGCUGUAAUUGAUGCCAAAACAGAAGCGCACAACAAAGUCUGUGCUGAGCUGCGAAGGUUGCAGACUGAGCUGGACACUUCACAGCAGCAGGUUUCUCUGCUGAAUCAACAGAAGGAGCUGCUGAGAGAGAGGCUGGAGACCAUGAGCGACUACUCCACCCUUAAGAGAGAUAAGGUGGAGCUCCAGGGGCAGCUGCGGCUGCUGAAGAAACAGCUAGAGGAGGCCCAGGAGGAAAAUGGGCUCCUCCGUGCAGAUUCAGGCAAGCCGUCGAAAGAACAGCUGGUCCUGCAGAUGGAGCUGAGGAGGCUUCAGAGCGCUCGCAGGCUGGACGAGGAGGAGUUUGACAACCAGAAGCAGGUGCUGCAGGCGCAGCUCCAGAGCGAGGUGGAGCAUUGCGCCCAGCUCAGAGCCCAGCUGACCGAGUGUGAGGAGAAGGUGCGGUGGAUGACCGCCCACGCCGAGGAAAUCAAGAUGCAGCUCCGCCAGACUCAGCAAGCGCUUGAAAACGAAGUGCUGCGUAACCCAAAGCCCUCUCUAGUGGACCGCUCGGUUCUGGAGCUAACCAUUGACAAGAUGGUUCCACCUGACAUCUAUGUGGACAGGGCUCUGAUAAGGGGCAGGAUGGGUUAUGAUGAUGUGGGUGAAGCAGGUGGGCCAUUACGAGGGCACAGGAGCCAGUUGGUUCGGAGCAGCUCUCCGGACUCAGAAACGGAGCUGGUAGCCGGAGCCAAAGCCCGCAUCAGGGAGCUGGAGAAGGAAGCUGAGGCCUUGGAGGAGGCUUACAGGAACUACCAGCAGAGGGCAGUGCACACCGCCAUCUCACACGUGUUUACCCCGAGACCACGCUCCCCUCAGCGAGCACAUCCGUCACGUCUCCCUGACUCACCACAGAGGAGACAAAUCCCUCACCGUUCUCGCCCUCAGUCACCCCAGAAACCCCAUGUCUCCCCGAGACCACUGUCUCCCCAACGCCAACAUGCAACCCACCGUACCGUAGCCACCUCCCCAUCCACCUACCACACUAGAACCACCUCACCCACUCCCCAGUCGAGAGCGACCUUCUCGGAGGUCCAGACCCUUCACCGAGAGCAAAGUUUACAGUCUAUAGCCGAGCCCCCAUUUAUGGGAGAUGGAGACCCUCAGGACGGCAGCUCUUCUCCCUCAAGACGCCCGUCUUCCACCCCCCACUCCCCCUCCAGAAAGACGAAGCUUCAAACAAAGCUUGCAGAAGAGGCCGUUGUGGCUCCAGCUUCAUUCCCUGAGCUGUCAUCUCAGAGCCGGCUCUCUCCUGUCCCCCAUGGCGAGGUGGUGCCCUCGGGGGACUUCCCGCCCAGCUUCACCCCACCUCGCAGCCCUCAGCUCCAGAGCACGGCACGGGACCAGCGCAGUCCACCAAAGGUAGAGAAAGUCUUCUCUAGCUCAGAGUCCUCCCCCCAGCCCGAGAAGAUCAGUCUCGAAGACCUCGCCGAGACUCUGUCAGAGCCCAGCCACAUUCCAGAGCUGCUCCUGGACACGGCCAUCCCUCUCUCCGAGGAGGCCCCUCGGGGCCCCUCUGUCCCCCCACCGCAGGCUCCGCGGGACCUCCCAGACACCCAGAUACCCACACGGGCCCAGGGGGAUGUCCCACAAACCCCGGCAGAGUUGGCCCGACAAACAGAUGAAGAGCUGAGAUUGGAGAGGAAGGAGCGGGAGGAACGGCGGCAGAGGGAGCUAGAGGAGGCCAAGGAGAGGGAGCAGAAAGAACUGGAGAGAUUGGAGAGAGAGAUGACUCAAGAGGUUGAGCAAGCUGGACAUGAUGAAGAAGAAGAAGCAGUGAAGGAGAAAAUAGCAGGGCAAGGAGAAGAAGAAGAACUGACGAUGGAGGAGAAGAGGACUGAGGAGAAAUCCCAUGGUGGAAACCCCCUGGAUCAGUACAUGAAGAUGGUCCUGGAGGCAAGAGAGAGGGAACAGGCACAGAACCCUGAAAGAGAGGAACCAGCGUACACAAGCCCCGAGGCCAAGAGUUUGUCUGAAGAGAAGAGUGACAGCAUUGCCGCGUAUUCACACGAGGCUCUGGAUGAUGACUUCUGGUGAACGGCUUCUCUGAAGUGCUAAUGAAGACUUGCAAUGAACUGAAGAAGCCCCUCGAUUCAUGUAACCCAUUUAUCAUUUAUACCGAUGUGAACUUGUA